AUGUCUUAUACGUCACUCCAUCGGAAUUGGCGAGGGAGUGGGCGGUCUUUCUUUCAUAUAACCGGCCAUCUUACACUUGAAUUUCCUGUUGAUAGCGAUACAGAUCUUUCUACGAUCGAAAAACGUGUCGACUCGGCCCUAGCCAAGGCAUGGCUGGCAUUGCGUUACCACCACCCUACAAUCGCUUCGCAAACAAAGCUCGAUCCCACAACAGGGAAAUAUAUGAAAGUUUAUCCCCAAAACUCAGUUGGGUGGCUUGAGAGGACCUUUGUUGUCCUCUCGACAGGUCACUCUGGCGCGGAAUGGGCAAACCAUGAUCCUCCCGCCCCAGCACUGCCUACACUAUACGCGUUGGCUUUCCCAUCGGCUGAAGACAGGCGGGUUAUACGCCGCGAUCUCGUCUUUCGAUCCCCUCACGACAUCAUCGAUGGCAUUGGUACCUUGCUACUCUUUGACAACUAUGUACGCCAUACGGCUGAAGCGUUCACACAGGGGGGCUCGUAUCAGCCUCCAUCUCUCGAUGACCCCAAAGUGUUCCAAAACUUGAGCCCGCCAUUCCGUGUCGCGGCCGCCAUUCCUCCGGAGCCAUCAGAGGCGGCCCUGCAUCGUUUGGCCAGUUUGGAUAUCGCCGAUGCGGCAGACAAGGCGAGGAAUGCAGAAGUUGCUGCCUUGCCUUAUAAAAAGGGAGCACUCGCCCCAGGCAUUCACAGGCGAGUGGAGAUAACAUUGUCACCGGAGCAGACGGCGAGGUUGACAGGCGCCUGCAAGGAAGUUGGGUCAACCGUCACGCAAGUCUUCCAUGCUGCGAUUGCACUCGUUCUUCGUAAUCUACAGCCGAUGCAUGAAAAGCCCCGAUCAGUCGAGUACGUGGGUUAUCUGCUGCGCAAUGAGCGAGGCAGCUGUGUCCCGCCAUUCAAUGGCCAUGAGCAUGCUGCCGCGGUCUAUCACUCAACCUCCAGUGAGAAGUUGAUCAUCAACAUGGCCGUUCCUAGUCGCAAUGAUGAUUUAAUUGAAGGACCACGCCUACAAGUGGAAAAGCAAGAGUUUCUCGAAAUCGUGCAGCAGAUGAGGGAGUUCUAUCUAAAAGUGCGAGACGACCCUGAACACCACCGUCUUGCGCCGCUGUUAUGGGCGAGGCGCUCGAUCCCACUGCCUCUGGACGAGCACGCGAUUCCUCCCAUACCACCCCCUAGUGACUCUCCCUCUGCUUCCAUCUCUAGCAUGGGCCGCAUUGACAACAUCAUUCGCCAGAAGCACGGGGAUAUAGAGGUUUAUAACCCUUGGGUGACUGGAGAAGAGCUGAGGAACGGGCUAGGCUUGUUUCUAGGCACCUUUAGAGGGUCGCUGUCAUUCAGCGCCGCGUAUAAUGACGCGUGGCAUGACAAGGAUGAAGUAUUGCAGUUUGUUGAAAGCUGUACACAUCUUGUCAACGCAGGUCUGGGCCUUGAGGAAUCUAGGUAG